GAAUUUGUUUCCCUCUCCUCUGCGCGCUGCUGCUGCUUCUUCUUCUUCUUCCCUCUCUCAAGAUCAAAGAAACACCGGAGGAAAGGAGUACACACGUCGGCCCUAAACCUCCCCACAGAUGGCCUUAAGAGGUGUUUGGCAUCUGAGAAAGCUUGUUGUGAGUUACUCUGAUUGGGGUGGAAGUAGCAGAGGCAUCAGGGCAUUCAUGGAUUCGCGCAUUCCUUCGUUCAAAGAGGCGAAUCCCCAUUUGGAGCUUGAAACUGAGCUCAUUCGAGGACAGCAUCCUCACUUGAAAGCCUUUUGCAAGAACAACAACGAGCGGGUGGUAUGUGUGAGGAACAUGACCCCAGAGGAAGUACUGCUGCAUGCUACUCGGCUGAGGAAUGCCUUGGGGCGGAAGGUGGUGAAACUGAAGACGAGGCAUGUGACCAAACACCUGAGUGUGCAACAAAGAAUCAUCUGCAGUUCUCGAACUCAGAAUCUCCCCAAAACACACUCGUGA